ACCUCUGGACUCAGAGCAGGGGGCCUGGUGACUCAGCUUUCACAUCCACAGCAGUUAUGUGGAGAAGUGACAACUGCACGGAUCUACUAGCUCUGGGAAUCCCCGACUUUGGCAGAGCCUGGGGACUGUGGGCCAUCUUAGGGGUGGUGACACUGCUGCUUCUCCUCUCGCUGGCUGCACACUUGUCCCUGUGGACCCGUGGCCAGAGCAGAAGCCAUCCGGGCCAGGAAAGCUCUGGAGCGCCCGUGGAAGAAGUGCCCCUCUAUGGGAACCUGCAUUAUCUGCAGACAGGACGACUGUCUCGAGACAAAGGGCCAGGACAGCCGGAUCCAGUCUCGGGGGACCCCACCAGGGCUGCAGAGGAGGUGAUGUGCUACACCAGCCUGCAGCUGUUGCCUCCGCAGGGCCGGGCCCCCAGCCUGGGAGUCCCCAUCAAGUACUCAGAGGUGGUACUGGACGCUGAGCCCAAAGCCCAAGCUCCAGGUCCCGAGCCGGAGCUCUACGCCUCCGUGAGAACCCAGGCCCGCCGAACCCAAGCUUCCUUCCCCAAUGAAGCCUAUGCCAACAGUCAGCCGGCACCCAGCUGAAGGGGAAGCCUGGCACAGCGGCUUGCCCCACCCAGCAUCCCUUGUUUGCUCUGGGAGUACUGCACCUGGCUAGGCCAUGAUUGCUACCCCAUCACCGCCACUGCCCUCUCACAGAGGCGACCUUCCCCAAGGUUCCUGAGCUCGACCAGGGACAGCUCAGGGGAAUGGCAGGCCCACAAUGUCUUGAGGAUGGGUGAAGCAAAGACACUCCCCUUCCUCUUUUUCCCAUCUCUUCCUCUCAGGCCCCCACCCACCACUCCCAGGUUCUCUGCCUUCUGAAGUCUGACCAGAAGCUCCCCAUUCCCCGUGUCACAGGCUCCCCCCUCCACCUCAGUGGUGUCCUGAGACAUAGGAAGUGGGCAGUGGGGGAGGCAGGCAUGGGCGCCCGAGAGAGGACGCGGGUGGGUAAGUUCUUUGGGAACUCACAGAUUGGGAGGGUCCCGGUAGCUCUGAACCUAAAAACCUCAGCCCUGUCUCUAUCCUGGAACCCGGUGGGGCAAUACAAAGCUCUGCCCUACUACUUACUCUGUUGUAUCUCCAACUUUUAAAAUAAACUGUUUCAAACAGUG